CCUCUUCAUACAUCUACAAUUGAAAUAAAACUCAUUUUCCCUCCGACCAAUUACAUUCAUUCUUUCCGAUCACCUUCCCGUUUCACAUUCGUCUUCUUCUUCUUCUUCAAAAUUCAUAUAAAUAAAUUCACGUACCUGCUCCCAAUAAUAAUAAUAAUAAUAAUAUUAAUUCCAAUCGGUUGAGUGAACAGUUGGAUUUGCAUACAUACAUACAGUUUUCAGACACAUGGCUAAGGAUUUGAAGGUUCGAUCGGACAGUCAAGAAACAGUAACUUGUGAUCCUGAGGAUGACAGCUUAAAGGACUUUUUGAUACCGGAUUACCUGUUGUUAUAUGGAUCGGAAGUCAAACAGCCGUCGCGUGCUCCUGCUUCUCCGGUGGUAGUUUUUGUUAAUUCGAGAAGCGGUGGUCAGCUUGGUGGAGAGCUUUUGAUCAGCUACCAAACGCUCCUGAACAAAAAUCAGGUAUUUGAUUUGAAUGAAAAUGCUCCGGAUAAGGUGCUACACCAGUUAUAUUUUAAUAUAGAGAAACUUAAGCAUGAUGGAGAUUCGUUGGCCCCUGAGAUUCAGAAGAAGUUAAGGAUUAUAGUUGCAGGUGGUGACGGAACUGCCGGUUGGAUUCUUGGAGUGAUAUCUGAUCUAAACUUAGCUCAGCCGCCUCCGGUCGCCACAGUGCCGCUAGGAACUGGAAACAAUCUCCCAUUUGCGUUCGGUUGGGGGAAGAAAAACCCUGGCACUGACCUUGAAUCUGUGAAGAUGUUUCUGAAUUUAGUGAAAGAUGCUAAAGAGAUGAAGGUUGAUAGCUGGCAUGUUCUCAUGCGAAUGAAAGUUCCAGGAGACGCAGGUGCCUGUGACCCGAUACCACCUUUGGACCUACCGCACUCUUUGCAUGCAGUCCACCGUGACUCCAAAUCAGAUGAGGAUGGGUACCGCACAUUUCGUGGAGGAUUUUGGAACUACUUUAGUAUGGGAAUGGAUGCUCAAGUGUCAUACGGGUUUCAUACAGAAAGAAAAUUACACCCCGAAAAAUUUAAAAAUCAGGCGUCUAACCAGAGCGCGUAUGCAAAGCUCACAUGUUCACAAGGAUGGUUUUGGGCUUCACUUUCUCAUCCAUCUACAUGGAAUAUAGCACAACUGGCUCAGGUUUCUAUCUUGAAAAAGCCAGGUCUGUGGGAACCCCUCAACAUACCUCCCACCAUACGGUCAAUUAUUUGCCUCAACUUGCCUAGCUUUUCCGGUGGACUUAAUCCAUGGGGCAUGCCAAGCAAAAGGAGACUCAGUGGGAAAGAAUGGACAUUUCCGUAUGUUGAUGAUGGAUUUCUCGAGAUUGUUGGAUUCCGAAAUGCUUGGCAUGGCGCUGUUUUAUACGCUCCAGCUGGACACGGGACCCGUCUUGCACAGGCUAGAGGAAUCCGUUUCGAAUUUCGUAAGCGUGCAACUGACCAUACAUUCAUGAGGAUGGACGGGGAGCCAUGGAAACAACCUCUGCCUAAGGAAAACGACACUGUUACUAUAGAGAUUUCAUGUUCUGGUCAAGUGAGCAUGCUAGCAACCGGAAACCACCCAUCCAAAAGUGUGAAUGACCCUUCUACCCCUCGCACGCCUAAGGAUAACGAGUGUGAUAGUGAUGAAGAAGAGGCUGUUGAAGACAUAUCCGAAGCACAAAAAAAGUUUGGUGCAGCUAACAGUUUCCAGUUGCCUGAAGACUUUCAUAUAUCUCAAGUGAGUUAGUUAUUCGGUAUGAAAUUUGUUCAUUCUUGGGGUCCAAGCGCCGAUAUUUAUAUUUGACUGUAAGUAUUGUUUGAUUUGUUCAUAUGGCAUUGGUUUGGAAGUUUAGUUGGACACUGACUAGAAUUGUAAAUCAUUAGUGAACCUUGUAGAUUUUAAAGUAAAGAAAGAGACUCAAUGGUAUAAUGCAGUUUGGAUGUCA